CUAGUAGUAUCAGUCGUUGGGUUCGACUACAUUUGUCUACCCCUUUGUAAGAAAUUGACACCGUUUCGUAUGAAUUCCUUCUAUACGUGUGGGAAAAUGUUUUGCGCAGGACUAAUGCAACGUAGACUGAGCCUGGGUCUAUCGCAAAUGCUCGGUUUAGUCCCCAAGAAAUCGUAUUGUCAGGAAAAGAAGCCGCCAACGGUUUUUUUGUGGGGCGGGGGACUUGGCAAGUUGCAAGGCGGUCUGAAGGAAGAGGAGUAUUUUAUCUCGCUUACUCAAAGCCUAAUGUGUAAGAUGCGGGACAAAAAGGAGAACGUGGACUACAUGCCCAAUUGGGAUGAGUUUCAAAAGACCCUGGAUCACUCCUCCCUGGGCAGCACAUCGUGCAUGAACAAACACAAGAAUGUGCUCGAGGAGGCCUUUUUCCUAAAUGAGACCGCAGACGAUAUAAAGGUAUUACACGAUCGUGCGCAAGAAGACCCACAAGUCGUAGACAACACUGCUACUGUAUUGGAUCAAAAAUCAGAUCCGCAAAACCCAAAAUAGUUAAUUGUUUUUGUUUAAUUUCACUCAUUUUAUUCAGUUUAUUCAGAGGCGCAGCAUAAUUCCCAUAUCUAAACGGCAAUGCGAUUAAAAUUGUUAGUUUAAAAGUUAAAAACAAAAAAAAACUGGCUUUUUAAUUUC